CGGGUAAAAGUCCCCCGCGGUUAAAAUCCGAAUUGGAUCCACCGAGGGAAAGUCGCCCGAACGUGGUCACAGAACUGCGGGGAGCUCAGCUCGGUUCAUUACACACAUUUUGCCGGCCUUUUAUCUAAAGCCCCUUCCAUCCCUCUUCUCUUUGAUCUUUCUCUUUCUCAAGCUCUUUCACAUUAUCCAACAUGGCUACCGCAACGGCUCAGAACCUUUCCUUUGUCCUAGAGGGCAUCCACCAGGUCAAGUUCGAAGAUCGCCCAAUUCCCGAGCUGAAGAACGCUCACGAUGUGAUCAUUAAUGUCAAGUACACGGGAAUCUGCGGUAGUGAUGUACACUACUGGGAACACGGUUCGAUCGGUUCAUUUGUUGUCAAGGACCCCAUGGUGCUGGGACACGAGUCGGCGGGCGUUAUCAGCAAGGUCGGAUCGGCCGUCACCUCGUUGAAGGUGGGCGACCGAGUCGCCAUGGAGCCCGGCAUCGCAUGCCGUCGAUGCGAGCCCUGCAAGGGUGGCAAGUACAACCUGUGCGAGAACAUGGAGUUUGCCGCAACCCCGCCCUACGACGGUACCCUGGCCAAAUACUAUGUCCUCCCGGAGGACUUCUGCUACAAGCUCCCCGAGCAUCUCUCGCUGCAGGAGGGUGCCCUGAUGGAGCCCCUCAGUGUGGCCGUUCACAUCGUGCGACAGGCACAGGUCAGCCCCGGCCAGUCGGUCGUCGUCUUUGGUGCCGGACCCGUGGGCCUUCUGUGCUGUGCGGUAGCAACCGCUUUUGGCGCCUCUAAGGUGAUCGCGGUGGACAUCCAGAAGCCUCGCCUGGACUUUGCCAAGGACUAUGCAGUGACCUCCACCUUUAUGCCCAGCAAGGCGCCGGCGACGGAGAAUGCCGAGCGAUUGAAGCGAGAGAAUGACUUGGGCGGCGGCGCCGAUGUUGCCAUUGACGCUUCGGGUGCCGAGCCCUCCGUCCACACGGGUAUUCACGUCCUCCGUAACGGCGGUACGUACGUGCAGGGUGGCAUGGGCCGCAGCGAGAUGAACUUCCCCAUCAUGGCAGCUUGCUCUAAGGAGCUGAACAUCAAGGGCAGCUUCCGCUACGGCAGCGGAGACUACAAGUUGGCGGUCCAGCUGGUCUCGACCGGAAAGGUGGAUGUCAAGCGGCUCAUCACCGGCACCGUCAAGUUCGAGGAGGCGGAACAGGCGUUCAAGGAAGUCAAGGCUGGAAAGGGCAUCAAGACGCUGAUUGCGGGCAUCGACGCGUAA